AUGACAAAGCACAUCGAAGCCAAGCGAACAACUGCAUUGGCGGUCGUGACAAGACAGCCCGUUGACAGCAGUCUUUUGGCGGCGUGUGUUCUUCCUGGUCUUUUUUUGCUGGUCUUCAUCUUGGUUGUAAUAAUCAAAUGCCGUAGAGCAAAAAAACUAAGAGGAUGUGUCAAGGAAGCGACGGCAAGCGUCAAGGCCAUUCACAGCCAAAUUGUCGCCAUUGAGCAACAAAUCUCCAAGAAGGUGCCAUCCUUGAAGAAAGACGAUGCACCUCAAAAGAUUCAAGUUCCACCACUUGAUCGAGAACCAUCCGCUAAAGGGAAGGAGAUAGUCCCAUGGGUACCACCACACCUACUGCUUCUCAAAGGCAYUGAAAGCCGCAAAACUGCCGACAUGGAGAGAAAAUUGUUCAAGAUGGUACUCGAGGCACAUCCAAGGAACCCAGUGUCUACAGGCAGAGAGAUUGUUCCUUGGGUCCCACAGCUGGUACUCCCUAAGCCCGCCCAAAGUGGCCACAAAACUGCCGACUUGAAGAAAGAAGUCCCCAAGAAGGUGGUUUAUUCUCAGGAACAUCAAAGAAACUCAGUCGUCGAUCAAGAACUCAACAAAGGGAAAGAAAUCGUCCUAUGGGUGCCUCAUCUCGAUCUUCUCAAGGUCCCCAAGAGGGACUUGGUAAUGGUCAGUGAUACGAACAAUGUCAAGAAGACGAUGACAUGUGAGACAUCUCUGAAGAACAAAGUGUUUGAUUUUGAUUCAGCAGUCGAGAAAGAAUCCUGCAAAGAAAAAGGACACAAGGUUACAAAACCUCAAAGGAACCUGGUAUCUGCUAAAAACAAAAUUACCAACAUCAAGAGAAAAUCCACAAAGACGAUCAAAUAUAAGACACCAAAAAAGAUCUCAGCUGAAGCUAGCAGAGAAAAACCCGGGCCUGACACCGCUACCAGCACGAUCCAAAGAUCAGCUUCAGAGGUUGUAAAAGUAAAAAAGAUCUACAAAUCUGUUGCCCCCAAGGAAGCAGCAUCUGCGACACGAUCGGAACAUCCAGUUGGUACAGAAGACGCAAAUAUCAAUGUUGAUUUCCUAUUAGCAUCAAUUCCACCAGCGGAUAAUUCAAAGGGACAAAAUGAACCCGUUAAUGGUGAAUUUCUACUCCCAAUAAAACGAGUAGAUGACGACUCGGCACAAAAAAGAGCGGACAAAAAGAAAAUCCGAUUAAAGGAGAGAAACAAAGAAAAAUCUCCUGCAACACUCGACACAAAUCUGCAAAGCCACAAGGAUCAUUGUUCUUCUCGAAGAUUUAAGCCACUAAUUUUAGAAUCCAACAAUAAUAAUCUUGAGAGUUCGUUGAAAAGACAACAAAUAUCGAGGACAGCGAAGAAGAAGAAAGAAAACAAGAACAAAGGAACCGCUAAGMAGCGCGAUGUAGGCGUCUCUUGUAGUGACCAGUCAACGCGGUCAAACUUCUCGAUACACUCAGAUAAAGACUUUCCUAGUCUUGGCAAUAGUCUUUCACCUAAAGAAACCCAACGUAAACAACUGAAGUUAAAAACCUCAGUCAAUCAAGAAUCUAGCCUUCCGCCUGAAGAAACCCAGCGUAAAGAACUGAAGUUAAAAAACUCAGGGACCACAAGAAAGGUAAUAAAAAGAGGCAAAGAAACAGAAAAACAGCAGCAACUUUAGACCCAAAUCUGUAACUGAAAUCUCCCGCGAUUGAAUUGACGUCACUAAAAAAUUCUCUCUCAAAAAGCUGAUCACAGUCAAGUCUUUCAUUAUAAGUUUCUUCAUAUUAAGUCAUUGGUUAAAUAAAAAAUCAUCGAACAA